GAGAGAGAGAGAGAGGGGUGCCAUGUGCUUCCUGUCUACAAGCCAUUCACCUCCCUUGGAUCCAGCGCGAUGGAGGUCUUUGCUGCUGCUACUGCACCCAAAUAAUCUGAAAGAAAGACUCCAGCUCAGAGUGUCUACUAACAGAGCGCCUUGUCUGUGACACCGUCCCUCUCUGGAUUCACUGGGGCUGUAUUUCCUCCUAUUCCCAUUUUAAUAAUCAUUUUGCAUCCCUAUAGUCCUGCUGGAGUGUGACGGCUUUGAAGGAGAGAAAGACUUCCAGGGAUGGAGUCGACGCCCGGACAGCUUCGAGACGCUGGACGAGACUCCAGCUCAUCCCCCAGUUCAAAGCAGGACGCCCAGAGCUUCUCUAGCCCGGGCCCUCUCAGACCCAACCAGGUGAGCGAGACCUCCCUGUACGGGGUGCCCAUUGUAUGCCUGGUCAUAGACGGCAAGGAGAGACUGUGCCUGGCGCAGAUUUCAAACACCCUGCUGAAGAACUACAGCUACAACGAGAUCCACAACCGCCGCGUCGCUUUGGGCAUCACCUGUGUGCAGUGCACUCCCGUGCAGCUGGAGCUCCUGCGACGCGCGGGGGCCAUGCCCAUCUCCUCCAGGCGUUGCGGCAUGAUCACCAAGCGGGAGGCCGAGAGGCUCUGCAAGUCCUUCCUGGGAGCGCACAGUCCCCCGAAGCUUCCAGAGAAUUUUGCAUUUGAUGUUACUCACGACUGCGCGUGGGGCUGCAGAGGCAGCUUCAUCCCUGCCAGAUACAACAGCUCCAGGGCAAAGUGCAUCAAGUGCAGCUUUUGUAACAUGUAUUUCUCUCCAAAUAAAUUCAUUUUCCACUCCCACCGCACAGCAGAGUCAAAAUACCUGCAGCCGGACGCGGCAAACUUCAACUCGUGGAGACGACACCUGAAACUAACUGACAAAAAGGCUGACGACAUUACACACGCAUGGGAGGAUGUAAAGGCCAUGUUCAAUGGAGGGAGCAGAAAGAGGACUCUGCCCAUGAGCAGCUCGGGAAUGUCCUCAUCGAUGAAAUCCCAGGCCUCGUCCAGUCUGGCCCAAAGAAGCUCCCCUGAGGUCCCCCACAAAACUUUACGCUGCGACGAUGAUCAUGGGAGUAAUAGCCUGAGUUUGCCGAGCGGUGCGCGGACCUACCCAGUCAUCCCCGUGCCCAGCAAGAGCUUUGGCAUGCUCCAAAAGAUCCCCCCACCCCUGUUCCCCCACCCCCCCAAUGGCUUCCCGAGCUACGGCCUGUGUCCGAAGAAGAGCGACGGAUUGCCUGACGCGAGUAAAACCAACGUGUCUGGAGUGUUUUGGCCUGGCGCGAAGGACAGCCUCUACCCUGCGUUCCCCAUGUUCUGGCCUACAGCCGGAGGCCUCCCCAUGCCGCCCUACACCGGAUCCCCUCCAAAACCUCCACCUGAGCUGCCAGGCGUCCGGCAGAGCGAGCUCGACUUAUCUGACCAAAGCGACCGGGGCACACACACACCCAAAGACUCGAACCAUCACCCUCUCCAUCAGCAGGACGGGGGAGAGCGCUGCCCCAGCUCUCAGUCCUCCACCACCCGAAACGAUGAAGACAAGUCUGGAGACGAGACCCCUCAGAGGAAAAUCAGCUACAUCUCGGCCUUCAGACCCGUGGUCAAAGACGCAGAGACCAUCGCCAAACUCUACGGUAAUCGGGACGGCUACAGCGCGCGUCCUGCUGGCUACCUGUCCCCGGAUUUUGUCAGCGAGAGCUCCAGUUACAGAUCCAUCUCACCGGACAGAGACAGCGUGGUUGAUGAAGACGAUGACCCAGACGUGGAUGUGGAGUCAAACCGAGGGCAGGACGAGGACGAGCCGAUCCAGAUCUCGCCGGGAGGAGAGCACCGUGACUCCCCUGUGCUGGACCGGGUCUCCUCCGGUGCUGAGGAGAGUCCAGAGCGGCCUGACACCUCCAGCCCCGGAGCAGUAGCAGUGGCAUCACCGGGGGACUCUGUGCACACCGGGUCAUCGGAUGAGGACAGACGGAUGCGUAAUGGCUCUCCUCUUCACGAAGUGUACGUUCAUGGAAAGGACAGCCACGUGCUCCUCAACGAGCCCCUGUCGUUUGGGUCCAAACAAUCGAGCAGCCCCCGCAGAUCUAACGGUGUUCAUCACGUGUCUGAAACCCAGAACCAGCGAAACGCAGCAUCCUAUCAGGAGCAAAAAGACAGACAAGCCGAUGGAGCUUUACGCAUCGACAUCAGCGUGCACGAGAGAGAUCUGGAGAGCGUGGCCAAAGAGGAAUUGCAGAAGCAGCUUGUGGAGCAAGUGGAGCUGAGAAAAAAGUUGGAGCGAGAGUUUCAGCAUUUAAAAGAUAAUUUUCAGGAUCAAAUGAAGCGUGAGCUGUCCUACAGAGAGGAAAUGGUCCAGCAGCUGCAGAUUGUUCGAGACACUUUGUGCAGCGAGUUGGACCAAGAGAGAAAGGCUCGUUAUGCAAUACAGCAGAAGCUAAAAGAAGCUCACGACGCCCUUCAUCAUUUCUCCUGUAAGAUGCUCACACCUCGCCAGUGUACCGGAGCCUGCACCUUCAAACCCCCGCUGCUGCCCCCGUAAUGCCCGGCACCACCUGGCACCGCCCUCACCUGACCCCAGCACAGCCAAAAAAGAAAAAUAUACACCCCAACACACACACAUUCACCUCACAUAAACAUACACACACUCU